AUGACCACCGAGCCCGGCGCAGCCCACGUCUCUGGCGUCCCGCACGUAGCAUACAACAAGCUUUCUAACACGGACCGGAACUCGGCGGACUCGCCCGGCUAUGGCGGUUGGGACUACACACCAGGAAGAGCAGACACAAAGUCUCAUCUAUCCCACAAAGAAUCCGGUCUCACCCCUCCCGCACCCAAGCAGGCAUGGAGUACAUCCCUCAAGGGCUGGCUGCCAGAGCUCAUAUGGUCCAUAAUAAGCAUCGCCUCCGUCGCCGCCCUCGCCGGAGUUUUAUCCCGUUUCGACGGCCAACGACUCCCCGAGUGGCCGCUCGGCCUCACACUCAACACGCUCAUCGCCUUCCUCGCGACGUUGGCGCGAGCUGCGUUUGUGAUCCCGGUCUCUGAGAGUCUGUCGCAGCUGAAGUGGCUUUGGUAUCGCAAGGAGAGGCCGUUGAAGGAUUUUCAGGACUUUGACUCGGCUAGUAGAGGGCCUUGGGGGAGCAUUCAGUUGUUGAAGACGACCAAGGGAUGGUCUCCUAGUCUCAUCGCGACGAUUGUCAUGAUCACGGCAAUCUUCACAUCGACCUUGACGCAAUCCGCCGUCACAUACCCCGUCCGCCUCACGCGCGUAGACGGAGACGCUACAGUAGCUAGGUCAACAUCUUACUUCUUUAGUACAUCCAAUACCUUCUCCGGUCUGCAGCAAGAACACUACGUCCAGCAAUCAAUCUUCGAAGGCCUAAGCUUCGACCACACCAAAGAAUUCCCCCUCAGCCCAGCCCGCUGCCCCACAAGCGAAUGCCAGUGGGAGACCUACAGCUCGUUAAGCAUCUGCGCCAAAUUCUGGAAUAUUACGAAUUCAUUGAACGUCACGACUAAAGAGAGUCCCAUUGGGGCACCGCGGGUGAAAGCUUCACUUCCUAACGGGAUAUCUGCGAACUUGAGUACCUCUCACUUCGGCCUCGUUAGUCUACGUGGUACGAGCAAGCCCAUAGCCUCGGACGUGAACCCUGAUGCGGCGUUGUUCAACUUUACGGUGAUUUACUCCCUACGAGAAGGGAACGACGGUGCGGUCGGAGCCAUGGAGGCUGUGCUGUACCUUUGCGCAAAGACGUAUAACCUCUCCUUUGCAGGCAACAUUGAAUCGCGCAAGGUUAUCGAUGUGACUUCGGACGUCGAACAGGGCUCUAUCACGUUCCCUUCCGGCCAGGUCAGAGACGACCUACCCGCGAUACGGGACCCCCUCAACCCCGAUGAGGACAAUUUCCCCUACGGCGGUACGGGGCUCGGCACGAUGCAGGGGAGUCUCGCGGAUGCGCUCAACGGAUCGUAUGCGGAUCUCAGUAAUGUACCAAGUGCCCUCGGUCUUGCGCCGGCUCGGUACUUGGCUGCAUUGCAGUACGGUGCCAAGACGUUGGAGGCGCAGGGGCGUGUGAAUGUGUCGCGAGAGGUUGUGAUUAACGAGGCCGUUGCAAAUAUCACAAAUAACGUUGCAAGGAGCUUGUCCAAUUUCAUCACCAAUGACACCAUAGUAGCAAGAGGGCAAGCGCUCGCAUCGGAGACGUUUGUACAAGUUCGCUGGCCUUGGCUUGCCUUCAUCUCUUGUCAGGCCGUGCUCUCCAUCAUACUCCUGGCUCUUGCCAUUGGUCAGACGAAGGCGGCGGGGAUCGGGGUGGUGAAGAGUUCUACGUUGCAGGCUAUGGUGGCUAUCAACUCCAAGGAUAAGCAGGCCCUCGAGAUUAGGCUCGCGCAGAGGCACCACCAGGAAGAGGUGGAUGAUGUUGUUAGGAGAGGGCCUGGGAUAGCUUGGAGCUUGGGUAUGAGUGAUCGGGGGUGGAGUCUUCGUAUUUGA